CGCAUGCGCAUGCCAACACUUCUGCAUGCAGUCAGUAAACAUGGCAUUAGCACUACGAGAAAGAGUCCUACGGUUCGGUUUAAUUGUGAAUCGUAAUUUAGUAAAGACAACUGUUGUCUCCAAUAAACGGUAUUCGUCGGAAAAAGCGUCUUCCAGUCCGAAAGAAAGUGUCUCUUCUGAAACAAUCGACCAUGUUCUCUACACACCGGAGCAUUUUGCAUUAAAAGCAUCUUUGAGAAAGAUCAUUGAUCAAGAGAUAAACCCUUAUGUAGACAAAUGGGAAGAAGAGGGCCAGUUUCCUGCACACAAGAUCUUCAAGAUCCUGGGCAGUGCAGGAUUUCUGGGAGUCAACAAGCCUGUGGAAUAUGGAGGUUUGGGGCUGGACUUCAGCUACAGUUUGGCUGUUGCUGAAGAACUGGGGAACAUCAACUGUGGAGGAAUUCCCAUGGCCAUCGGAGUUCAGAGUGACAUGGCCACACCUGCAUUGGCAAGAUUUGGAUCAGAAGAACUCAAGAAAGAGUUUCUACUUCCAACCGUAAUGGGAGACGUGGUGGUCUGUCUCGGUGUGAGCGAGACGGGGGCCGGCUCUGAUGUUGCAAGCAUAAAGACGAAAGCUGUUCGCAAAGGAGAUGAUCUCAUCAUCAAUGGGGGAAAGAUGUGGACCACCAAUGGUACCCAAGCAGACUGGAUGUGCCUCCUCGCCAACACCAGUAAUGACCCUCCACACAAGAACAAAUCCCUGAUUUGCUUGCCCAUGAAUCUGCCCGGAGUUCAUAUCGCACGGAAAAUAGAUAAAAUUGGCAUGCGGUCCUCGGACACGGCUGAGGUGUUUUUCGACGAUGUGCGUGUGCCCUACAAAAAUAUCAUAGGGCAGGAGGGAAUGGGCUUCACGUACCAGAUGCUCCAGUUCCAAGAGGAGCGACUUUGGGGCGUGGCCAAUAUCCUAACGACGAUGGAGAAGGUUGUCCAAGAAACCAUUAAUUAUACCAGACAGAGGAAGAUUUUUAAUAAGGCAGUUCUGUACCACCAGGUAGUUCACUUCAGACUGGCUGAACUGGAGACCGAAAUCGAGUUGUUGCGCUCCUUAUUGCAUCGUGCCACAGCUCUGUACAUUAAGGGAAAUGAUGUCACUAAGUUGGCAUCAAUGGCCAAGCUGAAGGCAGGACGACUGGCCCGGGAGCUUGGUGAUAGCUGCCUCCAGUAUUGGGGUGGAAUGGGCUUUACCAGUGACGUCCUAGUCAGCAGGUUCUACAGGGAUGCCAGGUUAAUGUCCAUUGGUGCAGGAGCUGAUGAGGUUAUGCUGUCAAUCAUUUGCAAAUACAUGGACACACUACCCCGGAAAUAAGCUUGCUAAUAAUUAUUGUGGUAUUAAUUCAUUGUGAAAACAAAGUGCACUUAAACAAACAUAAAAUUUCAAAUUAAAUCCAUCAGCUUGUCACAAGUAUUUAGAUAUACCUUCAAACAUUAUAUAUUGUUGCCGUAAUGAAGUCUGUUAAUGGAAACUAGUGGGGGUGGGGCUAUAUGUAAAUUGUAAAAUAGAAUAUGUAAAUUAUGAUAAUAGUUGUACAUGACUAGUUUUGUUAAUAUGCAUGAGAAACAUUAAAUAGUUUUCAUCCUUCUGUACAA